UUCUUCCUUUUCUGUGCCGACUGUGCGACUUUCUUCUCUGUUCGAAGAAAGCCUAGCAAAAAAAUUCACUUUACCAGCCGGCAGCCGACUCUGACUGAUUUAGAUCUACACCCUCACUCCGUUCGUCGCCGACGCCGUUGCUCGCCGCAUCUGUGAGACUCCAUCGCCAUCGCCAUCGCCAUCGCCUUAACAAGUCCCAAGUCCCAAGUCCCAAAUCGAAGCUGCUCUCUGCCUCUCCGGCCUCCGCCAGUCCGCCGCGCUGUACGUCUCCUGUCGGCUGUGUCCUGCCGUGCUGGUUCAUCGCUGCCGAGUGUCGAAGACGAAGCACCAAGAUCUCACUAGUUCAUUGCUGGUUCAUCACUGCUCAUCUCUGGAGCACUUAGAAUUGUUUGGCAAAACUCAGGGGAGGUAAAUACAAUUAAUCCAUAAAACACCCCGACCUCUGGCGCUUCCCAGCAAUCUGAAGUUGAGUAGAAGGGGCUUCCUUUCUUUCCCCAGAUUCGUCAUCUGAGCAACCUGCAGUUCAGCAGAACCCUGACCUCUGGUGUUCCGGUGCCCUUUUUGGAGGAGCACUGAGAACUAAGAUUGGUGGAGAGGAUAGUAUGAAGUCAGAUGAAGCUUCAAAAAAAGCAUCACUCCCUCCGCUGGUGAAGUUUAAUAAGGCAUUCAAAUUGGCUGAACAAUGGGUUAAUAGUAUGAGUAAAUUGGAGGAUGAAAAAUUUGCUAAAGUAGAGGUUCGGCCUUCCAGGCUUGGGGUUGGUGCAGCAGUUGCCCGUGAAUCCAAAGUCAUUCAGUCAAAUGACCCGAUUGAAAGAAGAUUACGUGCUAAAUUGGAAUCUGAUAAGAAGAAAGUUGUCAAGAAUGCUGAGGAACCUGGAGGGCCUACACUGAAUGGAAGUUCUCAAGAAGAUAGUGACGACGAGGAACUAGGAAGCAGAACAAAAGCAUUUGUGAAAAAGAGGCCUGCUGAUUGGACUUUAUCUCUACAACAAGGAAAGAAAAAACUUAAGUAACUCUGUGGAUACAGUAGGACUGUCUGAAUCAGACCUUUAGUUUCCUCACACAUAUAUAGCUAAAAGGGGGUUCUAGGUUUAUUCCUGACUUUGGUUAUUUUAGUGCACAAGAUCCUUUUUCAUAGGUUGUGCAAAACUUCAAAUCAGUACGCCUGGGGAACUGCCUUUCAAGCCAGCUGCAAGCGAAGAAUGCGAGCUGGCUAUUGUAGCAGAGGAGGGAAGCUAUAAACUGGUCAUCUUUUUAAGUUGAUCCUAAUCAUACUAUGAACUUGAACCAGAACCUGAGGCAGCGUUUCUCCAAUUACUGCUCAGAGUUCUAUUCUAUUUACUGUAGGUCCUUUAAUGGCUAUUCUACUUGCCUUGUUAUGUUGCAGCUUCUCUUAAGGAGUCACUUUUGGUCCUGUUGUUAAAAUUAAGAGAGAAAUGUUGAUACUUUUUUCAAGGUUUGACCAUCUUUGUUAAUCUUCGAAAGAACUUAUUAAAGAUUUUAGUGUCAAAAAAUUUCAAGUGUGAUCAUGUGUUUGGGUGAUUUAGAGACGUUCAUCUCAGUUGUAAGGCAGGUGAUUAGAAUCUAGAAUACGUUUGGAAACCAUUGUCAGCAGGGUGAAACUUGUUUCCUGAAUCCUGUGUAAUGAGACAAAGGAAAAGGAAAAGUUGAAUGUAAUACAUCGGUUGAUUUAUUAUUUCACAAGAGAUUAUGAGCA